CCCACCCCCGGCCCCUGCCCCUUCCCCGCAGCCGGGCAGAGCCCCCCGCCGCCGGCUGCUCCUCCGCGGGGCCGCGCUGCCCUCCGCCGCCCCUCGCACAGAAGCAGGGGAGGGAGAGAAAGAAGGUGGAGGGGAGGGGAGGGGGCCGCGGCAGCGCUGUCCGGAUGCGGUGACCCCCUCCUGCAAGGCUUCGCCUCCGGGGCCGCACCGACUCGGGAGGGACGAGCGAGGAGCGGCGGCGGCUCGCCGGCUGCCACCAUGGGCUGCUGCACGGGGCGCUGCACGCUCAUCUUCCUCUGCUCGCUGCAGCUGCUGGCAGCAUUAGAGAGACAGAUCUUUGACUUCCUUGGUUUCCAAUGGGCUCCUAUCCUUGGCAAUUUUCUACAAAUAAUAGUUGUCAUUUUGGGUUUGUUUGGAACCAUCCAGUUUAGGCCUCGAUAUAUAGUUGUGUACACGGUGUGGACUGCCCUGUGGGUCACCUGGAAUGUUUUCAUUAUCUGCUUCUAUUUGGAAGUAGGCGGACUUUCUAAGGAAACCGAUCUCAUGACAUUUAACAUCUCAAUGCACCGAUCUUGGUGGCGGGAGCACGGGCCCGGCUGCAUACGAAGGGUGGUGCGUCCUUCUUCUCCUGGCAUCCUAGAUGAUUACUCCUACGUCUCUGUGACAGGCUGCAUAAUUGAUUUCCAGUACCUAGAGGUUAUUCACAGUGCUAUCCAAAUACUCCUCUCCCUGAUUGGAUUUGUGUAUGCCUGUUACGUGAUCAGUAUUUUCAUGGAGGAAGAGGACAGCUUUGAUUUCAUAGGCGGACUUGACACAUACUCCUACCGACAGCCCCCCCAGGAGCAUGUUGAGUUAAAGCCUGUAAAGCCUGUAGGUCGAAGUAAGUAAUGAGCAUUGACUCAAGACUUCUGCUGUUGUAGCUGAAGAAACAGAUUUUAGAAGAAAAGACCAACCUUGUGACUCAUCCUUCUGGAAGAAACCCACCAUCCGUUUCUCACGGCAUGUGGAUUGUUCUUCCCACAGGCUCAGUGUCAUUAUCAGCAUUGUUAUUUGGUAGAUCCUUGUAGAUUAUCUGGAAUUUUUGAAUGAUUUACUUAUAUGGACACUUGUAAAUUGUAAAUUUUUUCUUUUUUAAUUUUAAUAUUUUUACAACAGUUAGUGUUGAGGCAUUAAAACAAAACCUGUGAAAACUAAGAGAAGGAUGCAUCUUCCUCAAGGAAGACAGUAUUUUUUAACUGACAGAAUCAUACUGUGCCUGGUCAAGAUUGUAUCAGUAAACAGUGAUUUUGACUCCAAAACAUCCAGCAUGAGUCAAACCCUAACAGUGUUAAAAGAGAUCAUUUCAAUGCUGUAUUUAAAAUCCACAAUGUCCACUCCUUGUAUUUUCUUAACUGCUGUAUGCAGUAGGAAUUGAUUUAUGACUCUUCUUAGCCAGAUGUUCCAGCACUAAUGUACUCAUCUCAUUAUUGCAAUUCAUAUAUGGCUCCUUCUCCUUCCCUAAUCUCUUUUUUCCUGAGCCCAUCAACAAUAGUGUCUCUAAUUUGAGAAGUAGAAUGACCACUCUUUGGAUGUCAGUAUCUAGGAACCUUUAAGUCCAGGGCUCUUUAGGUGUCUGGGUUUUGCACAUUUUUAAACUCUUUUCCUCCCUUCUCCCAGGAAGAAGCCAAGCAUGAAUGUACAGUAUAAGGCACCAACUGCAGCCUUAGAAGCCUCUGGGGACUAACUUUUUUCUUAAUUUAAAAGUAAACAAGCAAACCUGAAAAUGUGUAUAAAAAUUUGUAAAGUUACUUGUAAAUACUUCUAGACAAAGAACAUGUAUGUAACUCUGUGGUAUUUUGUUUUCUAUUAUGUCACCACUAGCAUAAAGUGAUACACAAAAGCUA